GCCAUGUUGCGGAGUUUAUCGGAGUGUUAUCACGCAGCCCGGGCGUAGUUUGGAUCCUGUGAGUGUGUUUCUCCUGUUUAAUCCACGCGCUGUGUGCUGUAGUUUAGUGUGUGUAUGUAGGGAGGCGGUGGGGGUGUCUCGGAGGGUGAGGGCAGUGCGGGAUUUGGUCGGUUCUCCGCUUCUGCGGGGAUUGUUUUGGUUCGGUCUGUGGGCGGGACGGUCCGCUAGCUGCGUAGCCGAGUUAGCUAGCGUUAGCUCCCUGCGCUGCUGUGGAGUUACCGCGGCGGAAGAGCCUCCAGCAGGAGCCCGGGUCCCCAGCGCGCGAAGUACCUAAUCUGAGCUUGAUUGAAUAUGGAGGAAGACAUGGAUAUACAAGACGAUCACACAAAAGAAGAAGAAGAAGAAGAUGAGUCGGAGAAACCGAAGUCCAAGAGCAUCUAUGAAGUGGAAAUCAUGGAAGGGAAACGGGAGAAGAAAACAGUCCAAAGACUUGAUAUGCAGGUGCCUAAACCAAAAGAGAAGCUGAAAAUCGAGAGUAUAGGCAAAGGAGACAAACUAGGAGACAUCCCCCGUAUCAAUCAUGCCAUUGGAAGACUCAAAGCACCAAUGCUUAAACCUCUUCACAAGAUUAUAUACGAUCGGCCAGGAGCUGUAGCAUCGCUUCGAAAACACCUUCGAUUAUUUAAUGGCUUUCCGUUUGAGUUUGAGAGUGAUCCUUACAACAAGAAGAGGAUAAAGAUGUCAAAGAUCCCCAAAGUACAGCUCAAGUCCAUUUGUCAAAUUCUUGAUAUUGAGAGGAGCGGAAGUCAAGCGGUUCUGGCUGAUAGGAUCAUGCAGUUUCUUGUAAACCCCACAAACUCCGGGAAACCGGUAAGCUUAAAAAAGAAGAGAAAGAAGAAAACAGCAAAAGAUACCAAACGUGAGAAUAAAACUGCAUCAAAGAGCAAGAAACAGCAAAUGGACCCUGGAAAGUCUAAAGAAAUCGUUACUUCAAGUAGUGAUGAGGAUGAUGAUGAAGAUGAUGAUGAAGAUGAAGGUGACACUAAAAAUAAAGACACCGAAAAGUCUUCAGCAUCAGACAGUCGGAAACAAAAAGGAGAUGAAAGCGACUCAGAUGAGGAGGAGGAGAGCGUAGAAUCUGAUGAUGGUCUAGGAGACAGUGAGGAUGAAGAGAAGACAAAAUCAAAGAAGUCCGGCAACAAAAAGAAACCCACCCCAAAGAUUACAGAAGACAAUUCUGACCUGUCUGCAUCAGACGAGGACGAGGACAAUGAGUCUGCUGAAGAGGUGGCUCCAAAAAAGACUAAAAAGAAGCCAAGUACCCCGAAGAAAAAGCCAGCCCCUAAAACCAAGAAAGCAGACAGCAGUAGCAACAGGAAACGAAAAGAGUCCAGCAAGAGCAAAGCAAAAGUUGAAAGCUCAGAUGAGGAUGAUCAGCCACUGAUCAAGUUGAUUAAAAAGCCACCAACCAAUGAACAGUUGCAAGACAAAAUCAAGGAUCUCCUCAAAACUGUAAACCUGGAAGAAGUGACAAUGAAGCAGAUUUGCCAACAAGUGUAUGACCUGUAUCCAGAUUUCGAUCUGACAGACAGAAAAGAUGUAAUCAAAGAUACAGUGAAGGGUUUGAUAUCCUAAAGGAUGGAAAGCAGCCAGUCUUGUUGAUGGAGAACAGUGUAUAAACGUAGAAGGGCACAAGUUUUCAUAAAGUUUUUCUCUUUUUUUUUUUGUGCGUGUGUGUUUUUGUUGUUGUUUUUUUAUACAGAAAUCUCAAAUAGCUUUGCAUCAUUCUUUUUGAUAGUUUUACAUUUAAGAAUACAUGUAUAGUUUUGUAUAGCACAUGCAUUCAUGUUUGUGUGUAUAUAUCUAUAUAUAUAAAAUAGUUUUACAUGUUCUCUCUUACCCCAUAAAUUAUCCUAAUUUUAUUUGGAUUUUUCAUUUUUGAAUGAACAUAAUGUAUCAUUUUCCUCAGUUAGUUGAUCUGCCGAAACAUGUUUGGAAUAUGACAUGCUGAUUUCGUUAGGAACUGGAGAUGCUGGGCUAAAGUUGCUAACAGACAGGAGAUUUCGAUCUUAGCUCAGAAAGUAGACAUGUCUUCAAUUAUGCCUAAUUAAAAUUAAAUUCAUCUGGUACAGGACACAAUAUGUACAACCUGUAACAGGCCAGAGUAAAUCGGAGUGGCGGGAGCAUUGCAAGAUUGAUUAUAUUGUACAUGGGUUGAUUUUCACAAUAAUGCUCCAAAGUUAAAUACAUACUUGCUAAUUGAUUUUUCCAGUUAUUUAUUAUUGCUUUUUAUUAUUAAAAGAGUGUGGUCCCAUUAAUUUCCUUGUGUGUGUGAUGGUGUACAUAAGGACCCAAGUUUCUGCUUUAAGAUUUUUUUGCUUCAUUUUUAAGGCAGUUCAUAUUGACUGAUUACAAAUGUUGGUUGGAUGGUUUAAUAUUUUGCUUUGACUACUUAAAUCUGCUUAAAUCAGACACCAUGUACAUUUUUUAAACUUCUUGUAUUUGGCCAAAUUUGAUCAAAUCAUACAGUGUUUAAUCUGUUUUCUGCAGCAAAAAUUUUGAGAUGUACAGUGUCAUUUUUCUGUUGUUACAUUAAAGCAAACUGUCAAAUUUAAGACACUAGAGUGUAAUAAAAAAACACUCCCUAGCUCAGUUGGAAUAUGCACUGUGUAAAAUAAUCAGUAAAAUAAAACCGUUUUAUUACAUUAA